UACCCCGUUUCAAAUCCAUCACGUGGUUUCUGCACAGUCCCUUGGAGUAGAAUGAAACCACUUCCCUCCAUGAAUGAGGGAGGGAAGUUUAAAUAACACGUGGGGUGUCAUCUGCUGAUUUACAUAUUUUUCCACAGUUCUCCACAUUUUUUGCUCAUCUUCUUCCUUUGACACACUUCAACAAAAAAAUGUUUUGAAAUUAGUAAAAGAUGGAGCCAAACCAGUACUCUCACUCCCCCUGCUCAUCAAAUGACUUUGCAAUGUUAGCAAUUAUUAAAGCUGGUGACGACGAGGCGGCCGGUGGUAUUAAUGAGGGGAAUAAAACUAUCCACGCCCCAAAUCCUCUAUUGAAUCCUAUCGUUCUUGACCUCGUUUUCGACCACCUCCCCGUCCACGAAUUGAGGAAUGCUCGUCUUGUGUGUCGUGAAUGGGACAAUGUCGGCGCGACCGUGCUAGGAAAACGGACCUUCCUCAUGGCCACCAAACUCUUCCGCUACGACGGGACCAAGUUAUCCGAACCGGCCUUCGUGGCUGACAAAUUGCUCCGACGACUCAGCAUCUCCUCGGGUUUCAAUCGUUUCGAAUUCGACCCCUCCGUCCCUACGGAGACGCGAGGUGAAGUGAUCACCAAGGCCAUCGCCGCCGUUCCGCGGGUCGCCCGACUCACUGAAGAAUUGGCGGUUUGUCUACAGCAUAAAAGUCAUAUGACCGCACUUCUCAAGGGGAUUCGGAAGUUGAAGUCCACAAACCUCAGGAGCGUUUCUCUCUGCGUCAAUAUUGUGGACUCGUCGUGGGGCAAGAAAUCUCCGGUUCUGAAAAAACUUGCGGUUCAACGAACCUUGACCUCUUUCACGUUCGAACAGCAGAUUGAUGACGACUACGCCUUUACUGUUCGUAGAAGCAGCUACAAUCCUCUCACGUAUCAACCCUUCGUCCAAAUUUGGCUCGACGCCGCGCCCAAUUUGACCGAAUUAAGAAUCUCGGCCAAUUUUUAUCCGAAUCUGGAAGGAUGCAAGAGUAUUAAGGUUUUUGAAUUCGAAUUUAUUGAUAUUCCCAAUAUGCGAUUUGAGGCCGUGAACUUGACCGCUGUGGCCGGCAUGCUGGCUCAUAUCAAGAACUCCGUGGUCGAAGUUAGCUUAGAGAAUUCGAAUAAAGUCGUUCACUAUUGUCAGAAAGAGAAGCUUGACCUUCCCGUCAUGCCAAAUUUGGUCACCCUUUUUGUCGCGGAUAUUUACCAAGUUCAGGAUUCUUUGGAUGAGAUCCGCCUCCCAAAACUCGAGCACCUAACGCUGGACAAAUUCUAUGAAAUUGAAGUAUUAAGCUUAUCGACGCCUCACAAAAACCUGUCGCAACGGCACCGAGGGAUUCAGUCUGUCGAUCUGAUGAUGAGAGGAAUUGGCGAAUGUGAAAAUUUUUCGGAAACAAUGGUCCAACUUUUCCCAAACGUGAAACGAUUCGAUUUUACUUGGUUUGUCGGUACGAUCCCGCUUGAAGAAUUUAGCAGGUUUUUGGAACCAUUCAAAGCUUGGAAUCUCGAGAUAGCGAGCCUUCAAUUCAGAAACGUAAAGAAACCUGCGAGUCAGACCAUCUUGGCUGGACUUAGGAACAUGGCGACCUGGCAGGGCGAAAAAACAGCCAAGUUCUACUUUGAUACCGACAGGGUUGACUUCACUGCUCAUUUUGAUGAUUUUAUUCGGUACAGCGGCGGCUUCGAGAUUGUCAAAAUGCGGGAUGACUCGUGGGAUAACGAAUUUACGAAAGAGAUGCAAGCCAUCUUUGACGCCAGAAAUGCUCCGAUCAGUAUCAAAUGAGUUGUUCAUUUAAAAUGUAAGGCAUCGUAGAUCGUAUUCGUUAUUCAAUUGUAUGCAAAUUAACUAUCCGUACUUCAAAAAAACUAAAUCCACCGACAAUGUUCAUUUGAAAAUGAUUUAAAUUUAUUGAUUUUUUCAACAAACCUUCGAGAAAAGUCGGAACCGACACAGAUUUUGUAUUUGAAACAAAUGUAUUUAUGUUUUUACCGUGACCCUUUUCAAAAUGAAUCAAAGUAGUUUUUAUUUUAAAACUUUUUCAAAUACGAAAUAAAAGUAAUCAUGUAGAACUGCAGUUACCCUUUAAAACUUUUUUUUGCUGUAAUGUAAUCUGAAUUCACUAGUCUGGAAACACAUGUGCUUCCAGAACGUAUGACUUAUAUGUUCGUGUAUGUACAUAGGUGAUACACACGUCAAUGACAUAAUGUCAUGCAAUUUUACAUAUACAUAUUAAAAUAACACUUUCCGGUGUUAAAAGUUUAAAUUGCAAACAAUAAACUGUAAAGUUAAAUACGUUACAUGUAAUAGUAUGUAUGUAAAAGUCAUGCCCCGUUCUCCAAAAAUUAUUUGCAUGCAAAUUUUUGCUCUCGAUCGGUUCGGUGAUCAAAAAGUUGUGCAAUUAAUUUCCAAUGGUUGAAGUAUAUUAAAUACUGAUUAUGAAAAAUGAUUUUAAUAAAUUUUAUUAUCCAAAUAAA